GGAAACAAGGCAUGUGAAGAGCAAAUAAAUUAUGCAAGGAGAAGCUGAUCAAGAGAUCUCAAGAGUUGCAGCUUCCUGGGAUUGUCAGUCAGAGGAAUGAAGAGCAAAAGAAUAACUUUCCGUCAUGAAGAAGGCCGUGUGCAACUCCAUCCCGGUUUUGGCAAGUGUAGCAGCUGGCCACGAAGACAAUGCAGAGCAUGCUAACUGCUAACCGUGCCUGUGUUUAAGAGUGAUCCUACAGUGGAAAAUGGGGAAUUCAGAAAGCCAAUACAGUCUUCAGGGAUCAAAAAAUCAUGCUGCUGCUACAGCUGGUGCCAAGCAGAAGCCUUGCUCUCUGAAAAUUCGCAGCAUUCAUGCUAAAGAUGAAAAGUCUUGCUCUAUGCAUGGAUGGGCACAUACCAGUAGCAGCUCAAACUACAAAUCGAGGUCUCUUGCUAGAAGCUGCCUUUCGCACUUCAAGAGUGGUCAGCCUUAUACAUCUAGACUCGGUGACACUGUGGCAAAGGUUUCUAAAAGCAAUGCCCAUGCCAAACACAGGACAAAUGCCUCGGGGGACUACUGCCAAGGAAAUAAUGCGGUGUUUUUUCCUGAGAACGGUUUCCACUAUAUUGGCCUUCAAGCUGGAAGUAAUCACGCUGCCUCUCGAGAAUGCAAUGGACACGUUUUAAAUUGCUACGGAAAGAAUGAGAGUCUUGCAUCAACCUCCCCAUCAGAGGACAGGAGGAGUCCAAAAGUUCUCAUUAAAACACUGGGGAAGCUGGACGGUUGCUUGAGGGUCGAGUUCCACAACAGCAGCAACAGCAAGGUACCGACCGAGGAGUCCAGUGGACCAGUCCAGUUGCUGAGGUAUUCGCCUGCCUUGGAAUCUAAGCCGAAUAACCUGCUCGACAUCAGGAGGAACUCCAGCGCAGACUGUUCUUCAAGCCAUCGUCUGUCGCCUACUGAUUCAAGGCUUCGAUCUAGUAAAGGAAGCUCCCUCAGCUCCGAGUCUUCAUGGUAUGACUCUCUCUGGGGAAAUGCUGGGGAUAUCAAUGAGUUGGAUGGUCCGUAUUUGACCAGGAGCACUCCAGAUACAAGCAUUCAUGCAAGUUUCCCAGCAAGCGACAAGAAGAAGUCCUUCAACCAAAGCUCUUCUCUGUCCUCACUCCGAGAUCUCUAUAAGGAUACAAAUUUGGAAAGCACUCCACCUGGGAUCAGGCUGUCUGAUGAGUAUAUUGACACUCACGGUAGCUUAAGCAACCGUGUCUCAUUUGCCUCAGACAUUGAUGUUCCCUCCAGGGUAGAGCAGGGAAGUCCUGCAUAUUACUCUUCCUACACACUCCCAUGCAGAAAGUCCAAGCCCCUCAGUGAGGAUGCAUCCAAGAAGGAUACAUUAAAAAACCGAAUGCGACGCAUCAGUGACUGGACGGGAAGUCUCUCGAGGAAGAAAAGGAAGCUGCAGGAGCCAAAGUGUAAAGAUGGGAGUGAAUACUUUGACAGCAGAAUGGACAACUUCAGCACAGACACACUGGCACCAUCGCAGUUCUCUGCUUUGCUGUGGUCACCCGGCUCCAGCCAUGUCCUGUCCCAGAGAAGCGAGUCCACCAACGCGGUCAGCAGUGAUGCCCUGAGGCAGAACAUUUAUGAAAACUUCAUGCGGGAGCUGGAGAUGAGCAGGACAAACCUGGAGAACACUGAGACCUCAUCGGAAACGGAGGACUCCAGUGGCGAGUCCCUGAGCUCCUUGGAGCAGCUGGAUUUGUUGUAUGAGAAAGAGCAAGGAGUGGUGCGCAAGGCAGGGUGGCUGUUCUUCAAACCCCUGGUGACCCUGCAGAAGGAGAAGAAGCUGGAGCUGGUCACACGGCGGAAGUGGAAGCAGUACUGGGUCACACUCAAAGGUUGUACUCUGCUGUUUUAUGAGACCUAUGGAAGAAACUCGAUGGAACAGAGCAGUUUGCCUCGAUAUGCCCUUUUUGCAGAAGACAGUAUAGUUCAGUCUGUUCCAGAACAUCCCAAGAAAGAAAACGUGUUCUGUCUCAGCAAUUCUUUUGGAGAUGUCUACCUAUUUCAGGCAACAAGCCAGACUGAUCUGGAAAACUGGGUUACUGCCAUACAUUCAGCCUGUGCUUCCCUCUUUGCGAAGAAGCUUGGGAAAGAGGACACUGUUAGGCUGCUGAAAAAUCAAACUAAGAGUCUCUUUCAGAAGAUUGACAUGGAUGGCAAGAUGAAAAAGAUGGCAGAGUUGCAGCUCUCAAUUGUUAGUGAUCCAAAAAACAGGAAGGCCAUAGAGAAUCAGAUCCAGCAAUGGGAACAGAACCUGGAAAAAUUUAACAUGGACCUUUUCCGAAUGCGAUGUUACCUAGCCAGUUUGCAAGGUGGGGAGCUCCCAAACCCGAAGAGCCUUUUGGCUGCUGCCAGUCGUCCUUCAAAAUUGGCACUGGGGCGGCUUGGCAUUUUUUCCGUCUCAUCCUUCCAUGCACUGAUCUGCUCCAGGGAUGAAGCUGCUCUCAGGAAACGUACCCUAUCUCUGUCACAAAGGGUCCGAAAUAAGAAGGGUUUAUUUUCUUCGCUGAAAGGACUGGACACAUUGGCAAGAAAAGGAAAAGAAAAGCGACCUUCCAUAACUCAGAUUUUUGAUUCAGCUGGAGGACAUGGAUUUGCUGGUAUCCAGAAUUCAGCCAACUCUGCUGAGCAGCAAGUCGAUGACUUUUUGAAUGUCUACUGCUCAGUGCCAGAGAGCAUCCAGAAGGAGAAUGCCUGGGAAACACAGACGUAUGUUCACUUCUGUGACGGCCAAGGAGUGGCGCUGACCCUCAAGCCAGAGCACAGGGUGGAAGAUGUUUUGUCUUUGGCAUGCAAGAUGAAACAGCUGGAGCCAAGACACUAUGGCCUACAACUCAGAAGACUGGUUGAUGAAAAUACUGAGUACUGUGCUCCUGAACCAUAUGAAUACAUAGUAGACCAGGUGUAUGAUGAAAUAGAAAUUUGUCCAUUAAAUGUUUAUCAUGUUCAUCUUACAAAGACUGAAAACAUAAGUGAUUUUGGCUUUGCUGUCACAGCACAAGUUGAUGAAAAUCAGCAUCUUACCCGUAUAUUUGUAAGUGAUGUUCUCCCUGAUGGACUAGCAUACAAGGAAGGGCUCCGAGUAGGCAAUGAAAUCCUGAGCAUAAAUGGAGAGGCUGUGUCUGAUCUUGACCUCAGGCAGAUGGAGUUACUGUUUUCGGAGAGAAGUGUAAUGCUUACUUUGAGAAUGAACCAUAAUGGGACUCAGCAACCCUUAUGUGCAUCCUGGUCAGAUGGUGACAUUUCCAGGGACCCAAAGGGUUUGUUGCCCCCUCCAAACCAGUCACAGCUCCUGGAAGAGUUUCUAGAUAACUUCAAAAAGAACACAGCAAAUGAUUUUAGUAAUGUGCCUGAUGUCACAUCCAGCUUGAAAAGGAGCAGUACUGAUGGCACUCUGGACCAAGUGCCACACAGGGAGAAGAUUGGUCUACCUUUCAGGAGCGCAGAACAGAUCAGUGUGUUGUGCCGAAACUUCCAAGAAGUCCAGGCAAGUGGUAUGGAAGGACAGAAGGACAACCAGGAUCCACCUCCACGGCCACUGGCUCGCCACCUUUCUGAUGCAGAUAGAUUGAGGAAGGUCAUCCAAGAACUUAUGGACACUGAGAAAUCAUACGUCAAGGACUUGAGCUGCCUCUUUGAGCUAUACUUGGAGCCCCUUCAAAAUGAAACCUUCCUUACCCAGGAUGAGAUGGAGUCCUUGUUCGGCAGUCUGCCAGAAAUGCUGGAUUUCCAGAAAGUGUUUUUGGAGACCCUUGAAGAUGGAAUAUCUUCUUCCUCAGAUUUUAAUACACUGGAAACGCCAUCCCAGUUCCGGAAAUUGCUGUUUUCCCUUGGAGGCUCCUUUCUGUAUUAUGCUGACCACUUUAAACUGUACAGUGGCUUCUGUGCAAACCAUAUCAAAGUUCAGAAAGUUCUCGAGAGAGCCAAAACAGAUAGUGCCUUUAAGGCCUUUCUGGAUGCUCGAAAUCCCACAAAGCAACACUCGUCUACACUGGAGUCAUAUCUCAUAAAGCCUGUUCAGAGAGUGCUGAAAUAUCCUCUGCUUUUAAAAGAGCUGGUGUCUCUGACAGAUAAUGAGAGUGAGGAGCACUAUCAUUUGACAGAAGCGCUGAAGGCAAUGGAAAAAGUAGCAAGUCACAUCAAUGAGAUGCAGAAGAUAUAUGAAGAUUAUGGCACUGUAUUUGACCAACUGGUUGCAGACCAAAGUGGAACAGAGAAGGAGGUGACAGAGCUCUCAAUGGGAGAACUUCUGAUGCACUCUACAGUUUCCUGGCUGAAUCCUUUCCCAUCACUGGGCAAAGCAAGAAAAGACCUUGAACUUACAGUGUUUGUUUUUAAGAGGGCUGUAAUACUGGUGUAUAAGGAGAACUACAAACUGAAAAAGAAAAUGCCUGCUAAUGUUCGUGCUGCACAUAAUUAUGGUGACUUGGAUCCGUUUAAAUUUCGUUGGCUGAUUCCUUUAUCUGCUCUUCAAGUUCGACUGGGGAACACAGCAGGAACAGAGAACAGCUGUAUCUGGGAACUGAUUCACACAAAGUCAGAACUAGAAGGCAGGCCAGAAACAAUUUUUCAGUUGUGCAGCAGUGACUGUGAGAACAAGACUAACAUCGUGAAAGUGAUCCGUUCCAUUUUGCGGGAGAAUUUCAGACGUCACAUAAAAUGUGAGCUACCGCUGGAGAAAACGUGUAAAGAUCGCUUUGUCCCCCUCAAGAACCGUGUACCUGCAACAGCCAAAUUGGCUUCCACGAGGUCCUUGAAGGUACUGAAGAAUUCAUCCAGUAGCGAGUGGAAUGGUGACCCAGGGAAAGGCACCUUCCAGGACUCUGAUGAAUGCAGUCUGAGCAGCAGUACUCAGAGCAGCAGCUGCCACACCACUGACAGCAUACAGGAGCCCAAAAAUUCAUCUCCCGAUAAACAUGUACAGAGCUGUGUAUCCGACUUUUCUAAUGUUCUUGUCAAAGAAUCUGAUAUUCUCAGUGAUGAUGAUGAUGACGAUGACUAUCGGAGCCUAAAGAAGGGCAGCCCUACGAAAGACAUUGAAAUACAGUUCCAACGGCUGAAGAUUUCAGAGGAACCGAGUACUGACUCUGAACGAGAUCAGGCUGCUGAAAAUGAGGAAGGAGAUGGCUUCGAGACAGGAGAGCAUCCAAAGCUGGUGCGUGGCCAUUUCUGCCCAGUGAAGAGAAAAGUAAACAGUACAAAGCGUAACAGAGGAACUUUAAUGGCAAUGCAAGAACGUCACCAGUCCCUUGACAGUCACUCUGAUGCUGCAAACCUGGAUCUGAACUCUAUUUUAGAGAGAGAAUUUAGCGUCCAGAGUUUGACAUCUGUAGUUAAUGAGGACUGCUUUUAUGAAGCUGUGGAAAGGCAUGGGAAAUCCUAGCUUUGUAAGCACUAUAUUUAAAAUAUUCAUUUGAAGUCCACAUAAAAUUCAACAAACUUAUUUUGCUUUAAAACUAGUACAUUCAUGGAGGCUGCAGGAAAACUACUAUCCAAUUUUGUGCACUAAUACAUUUUUUUCCACAAAAACAGCUGUAAAGGAUUGUUAAGUUAUUUUAAUUUAUUGUGGAUCAAAAAUAGAUUAAGUUGGCCAAGGUCUGUAAAUUAGUUCAAUCCCAUUCAAGCAGUUAUUAAGAUGAUGUAGUGUUCUUGGGGAGGGGAAGGGAAGGAUGGCCUCAUUAGUAUUUUAAGUGACAUGGAAAAGGUGCUAGUGAGUGGCAGAGGGGAUUACAAUGGAAAGUAGCAUUGCAAAAUUAAUUUUUCAAUACCUUGGGCAUUUUAUUUCUUUGGUUUUCAUUUUUGCUUUAUUUAAAGCAGAAUUAAGUUAUUUUAAUGUGUUUCAGUGCACAACAGUGCAGAAAUUUCAUUUUUGUAAGUUUCAAGAUGCUGUUUAUACUUUAUACAUAUGUGUAAAUAUACAAAAACAAAGCUUGGCCUGUAAUCUUUUAUUUGACUGUAUUUUUUAUUUUCUCUACCAGCCUGUACAGUAAAGGACAAAUAAGUAUUGUACUUAACCAUGUUUCUACUUUUUAUCAUGCUGCUUUUCUCUAGUUGGAGCUUUAAAUCCCAAACUCUUUGCUUUUGCAUAAAUGAAAAGAGUAUUAGCAGACCUUCAGGCAAUCUGUGCACUUUAUCCUCCUUUAAGCCAGCCACUUGAGUAUAUUUAUACAAGAGUUUUGGCUUUUGUUUUUUAAAUUACUCUGCACAGUAGGAUGUUCCAGGAUAAAAAGAGCACAAAAACCCACACACCACCUUACAUGCUGAAGUAUGCAAAGUAUUUUUUCUUAUGUUUCAAUAAUUCACUUUUUUCAUACAAAACUCUUAUUUCAGAACUAUCCCAACUUAAUUACAUGUCUCACAACAUAUCUUGUUUUUGGUAUAUGUUCUAGUCAUUCCCCUGAAUUAAAAAGAACCUGUAGGCACCUUGUAACUUUGACUGUCUUUUCACUUUUGUCUGCAGCUGAAUGGAAUGAAUAAAUAAAAUGGGAAAGCCCUCUCUCUCCACCACUUUCUCAAAAGUAGUUCUUCCAUACCUGCACAGAUGCAGGAAUAUAUAAGCCUCCUUUUACUGAAUCAACACCUCUAGAUCAAGGAGUUAAAA